GCUCGGCCCGACGCGACGCGACGCGGGGAUGACGCCCAGGCACCCCCGGCCCCGCGGGGUGUCCCCAAUCGUGGGCGCCGUCUUGCUGCUCGGCGUCGCGGCCGCUUCUCAAAAUCAAGAACGGCUGUGCGCAUUUAAAGACCCAUAUCAGCAAGACCUUGGUAUUGGUGAGAGUCGAAUUUCUCAUGAAAAUGGAACGGUAUUAUGCUCAAAAGGUAGCACGUGCUAUGGCCUUUGGGAGAAAUCAAAAGGGGACAUAAAUCUCGUAAAACAAGGCUGUUGGUCUCAUAUUGGAGAUCCCCAAGAGUGUCACUAUGAAGAAUGUGUAGUAACUACCACCCCUCCCUCAAUUCAGAAUGGGACAUACCGUUUUUGUUGCUGUAGCACAGACUUAUGUAAUGUCAACUUUACUGAGAAUUUUCCACCUCCAGAUACAACACCACUCAGUCCACCUCAUUCAUUUAGCCGAGAUGAGACAAUAAUUAUCGCUUUGGCCUCAGUCUCUGUAUUAGCUGUUUUGCUAGUUGCUUUAUGCUUUGGAUACCGGAUGCUGACAGGAGACCGGAAACAAGGUCUCCACAGUAUGAACAUGAUGGAGGCAGCAGCAUCCGAGCCCUCUCUGGACUUAGAUAACCUGAAACUGCUGGAAUUGAUCGGUCGAGGUCGAUAUGGAGCAGUAUAUAAAGGUUCUUUGGAUGAGCGACCAGUCGCUGUAAAGGUGUUUUCCUUUGCUAAUCGUCAGAAUUUCAUCAAUGAGAAGAACAUUUACAGAGUGCCUUUGAUGGAACAUGACAACAUUGCUCGCUUUAUAGUGGGAGAUGAGAGAGUGACUGCAGAUGGACGCAUGGAAUAUCUGCUUGUGAUGGAAUAUUAUCCAAAUGGAUCUCUGUGCAAGUACUUGAGUCUCCAGACAAGUGACUGGGUCAGCUCUUGCCGUCUGGCUCAUUCUGUGACCAGAGGACUCGCUUACCUUCAUACAGAAUUGCCCCGAGGAGAUCAUUAUAAACCUGCAAUUUCCCAUCGAGAUUUAAACAGCAGAAAUGUCCUAGUGAAAAACGAUGGAAUCUGUGUGAUUAGUGACUUUGGCUUGUCCAUGAGGCUGACUGGAAAUAGAUUGGUCCGCCCAGGGGAAGAAGACAAUGCAGCCAUAAGUGAGGUUGGCACAAUCAGAUACAUGGCACCAGAAGUUCUAGAGGGAGCUGUGAACCUAAGGGACUGUGAAUCAGCUUUGAAACAAGUAGACAUGUAUGCACUUGGGCUUAUCUAUUGGGAGAUAUUUAUGAGAUGUACAGAUCUCUUUCCAGGUGAAUCAAUACCAGAAUACCAGAUGGCUUUUCAGACAGAAGUUGGAAAUCACCCCACUUUUGAAGAUAUGCAGGUUCUGGUAUCUAGGGAAAAGCAGAGACCCAAAUUCCCAGAAGCUUGGAAAGAAAAUAGCCUGGCUGUGAGGUCGCUUAAGGAGACAAUCGAAGACUGUUGGGAUCAAGAUGCAGAAGCUCGGCUUACUGCGCAGUGUGCGGAGGAAAGGAUGGCUGAGCUCAUGAUGAUAUGGGAAAGAAACAAGUCUGUGAGCCCAACAGUCAAUCCAAUGUCAACUGCUAUGCAGAAUGAACGCAACCUGUCACACAGUAGGCGUGUGCCAAAGAUUGGACCUUAUCCAGAUUAUUCUUCUUCCUCGUACAUUGAAGACUCUAUCCACCACACUGACAGCAUUGUGAAGAAUAUCUCCUCUGAGCAUUCGAUGUCCAGCACCCCUUUGACUCUGGGGGAGAAAAACCGAAAUUCCAUUAACUAUGAAAGGCAGCAAGCACAAGCUCGAAUCCCCAGCCCUGAAACCAGUGUCACCAGCCUGUCCACAAACACAACCACCACCAACACCACUGGUCUCACUCCAAGUACUGGUAUGACCACCAUAUCUGAGAUGCCAUAUCCAGACGAAACAAACCUCCACGCCACGAAUAUCUUACAGCCAGUGGGGCCAACCCCAGUCUGCUUACAACUGACAGAAGAAGACUUGGAGACGAACAAGCUGGACCCAAAAGAAGUUGAUAAGAACCUCAAGGAAAGUUCUGACGAGAAUCUCAUGGAACAUUCUCUUAAGCAGUUUAGUGGGCCAGACCCCCUGAGCAGUACCAGUUCUAGUUUGCUUUAUCCACUCAUAAAGCUGGCAGUAGAAGCCACUGGACAGCAGGACUUUACACACGCUGCCAAUGGUCAAGCCUGUUUAAUUCCCGAUGUUCCACCUGCUCAAAUCUACCCUCUUCCCAAACAGCAGAACCUUCCUAAGAGACCUACAAGUUUGCCUUUGAACACCAAAAACUCAACCAAGGAGCCCAGGCUGAAAUUUGGCAGCAAGCACAAAUCAAACUUGAAACAGGUAGAAACUGGAGUUGCCAAGAUGAACACAAUCAAUGCUGCAGAACCUCAUGUUGUGACAGUCACCAUGAACGGUGUGGCUGGCAGAAACCACACGGUGAACUCUAUGGCUGCCACCAUCCAGUAUGCCAAUGGGGCAGUACCAACAGGCCAGACGUCUAACACAGGGGCACAUAGAUCACAAGAAAUGCUGCAGAAUCAGUUCUUGGGUGAGGACACCCGGCUCAAUAUUAAUUCCAGUCCCGAUGAACACGAACCUUUACUGAGACGAGAACAGCAGGCUGGCCAUGAUGAAGCUGUUCUGGAUCGUCUUGUGGACAGGAGGGACCGGCCCCUGGAAGGAGGCCGAACUAAUUCCAAUAACAACAACAGUAAUCCUUGUUCAGAGCAAGAGGUUCUUCCACAGGGUAUUCCAAGCACAGUAGCAGAUCCUGCACCGGCCAAGCCCAGGAGAGCACAGAGGCCUAAUUCUCUGGAUCUUUCGGCCACAAAUGUCUUAGAUGGCAGCGGUAUGCCAUUUGGCGAGUUGAUACAAGAUGGCAAAUCAGGAUCUGGUGAAAAGAUCAAAAAACGUGUGAAAACACCCUAUUCUCUGAAGCGAUGGCGUCCCUCCACUUGGGUCAUCUCUACAGAGCCGCUGGACUGUGAGGUCAACAACAAUGGCGGCGACAAGGCUUCUCACUCUAAGUCCAGCACUGCUGUGUACCUGGCAGAAGGAGGCACUGCCACCACCAUGGUGUCGAAAGAUAUGGGAAUGAACUGUCUGUGACAUGUUUUCAAGCCUUUGAAGUGAAAUUAUUUUUUGCAUCAUUUAAAUGUGCAGAAGACAUUUUUAAAAACAAAACGAAACAAAACUGCUUUUCUUCCUCAGUCCCCUCUCCAAUCCCUGCAACAAGGACUUGCUUUAAAUAGAUUUCAGCUAUGCAGAAAAAUUUAGCGUAUGCUUCCAUAUUUUUUAAUUUUUUUUAUGUUUUGCACUUUUGUUUAGUCUCGCUAAAGUUAUACUUGUCUGUUAUGACCACGGAAUUAUAUGUGUGUGUGUAUCAAAAGUGGUCUCAAAAUAUUUUUUUAAGAUAAAAAGCAAAAACAUUGUAUGCUGAUAAUCAGUUUGGACCAGUUUCUAAAGGUCAUUAAAACAGAAGCAAAUCAAGACAGGUUUGACUGCAGUGGUGUUUGGUAUCCAUGUUUUAUUUCUGGGCACAAGCUUGUUUGUAUGUUCUUGAACAUACUCUGUUGGACAUUCUUCCUUUUGUAUUUUGUUUGACUGUGCAAUAGUCUGUAGACCAGAAAUAAGCUUUCUUGUAGGCUCUCUUCCUAAUAGCAUAUUAUAUAUUCUUCCAUAAUAUGAACAUUUCCUCCACUCUCCCCAUAUUUUCGAUAGAUCUGUUCAAUGACGGUGAAUUUUGCACAGGAGAAAGUAGCUAUCUUAUUUCUUGUUUUCUCCUUUUGGGGGAUGCAGAAACACUGUCUCAAAGGGCUCUAACAGAAGGAACAAAACCCAAUUUAAAAUGCUACUUCUUUUUACCUUCCAAAUAUCAAACAUUUACUUCCAGGCAUUUUUUUUUAUGCCAGUGGUAGUACUCAGAACCUUACACACACGUGCAAGGCAUGUGUUGUACCUCUGAGUUACAUCCUGGCCCCUCCUUCCAAGCAUUUUGAUAAUUAUAUUUGGUUCUGAUUUUAGAGUUUAUAAAGGAGCAUAGAACAACAUAGAGAAAAUAAGUUAAUAGACAUUUUUUAUUUAAUUUUAUUUUUGUACACAUGACGAUGUUCCAUAUUCAUUUAUUUAAGAAGCACAUUUUUAUCAGAAGACUUCUAAAAAUAUACUUAUAUGAAAUUUUUAAAUAGAUAAUGAAGACAAUAAGUGUUAAAGCCUUCAUUAUCUGAGUAGGCCAUCUUUGGGUUUUUUGUUUUGUUUUGUUUUGGGGCCACAGUGGCAAUACUCAGAGGUUACUCCUGGCUCAGCAUUCAGGAAUCCCUCCUGACAGAGGCUUGGGAGAUCACAUGGGAUGUCCAGGAUUGAAUCCAGGUCGACCAUGUGCAGGCAAAUGCCCUACCACUGUAUUGCUCUGGCCCCACAUUGCCUGUUUAAAAAAAGAAACUUCAAAAGUAAUUCAUAGUUUUGAACCUGUUUUGUCUUUGUAUUCUUUUCCCAAGCAAAGCCUAGUGACUUUAUCUGAAAAUGAUUCUUCCCGUGACCUAAAACACUGUGUGGAAAAAUCAUUCAGCCGGCAUGCUGAAUCUCUAUUGAAGAGAGGGUUGCUGCCAACCAUUUGUUUUUCUCAGCAGACUGAGAUUUAACUCUGUUUUCAAAACUGGAUUUCUCCACUAAUCCUGUUUUCAUAAUGUCUCCUCUUGCCAGCUGUUCACAUAUUCUUUAAUAUGUAAGCAACAUCUAUUCAUUAGAUUUUUAUCUUUCUGUGAUAACAUAUCCCUGAAAUUUGACUUUUUAAGGCUUCCUUCGCUUCUUUCAUUAAUAUAUU